GCUCCGCGCAUGCGCGUUGUGCCGGGGGAGUGACAAGAUGGCGGCGGAGGGGCCGGAGGCUCCGGCCAGUCCGGGCCGCGGUGGGGCCGAGGGAGCGCUGGGGGACGGCGGAGACGGCGGCACCGGCAACACCGGGACCCCCGGUGAGCCGGAGGCCCCCGUGGCCGAGCUGCCCCCCCCGGCCCCCACCCCCCCCGAGGAGGAACAGAGCGACGCUGCCGCCCCCCCCCCAAUCCCACAGAGCUGCAACGGCUCCGCCAUCGCCCCCCCCGAGCCCGAGGAGCCCCCCCCGGUCGCACCCGAGGAGCCCCCACCCCCCCGGGACCCCGAACCCCCCGCGGAGGAGCCCACCCCCACCUACCCCCUCGAUUUUGAGAAGUUUUGGCAGGCGGCGCGCAGCAACCCCCACGACUUCACCGCCUGGACCGAGCUCCUGCAGUACGUCGAGCAAGAGAACCACCUUUUUGCCGCCCGCAAAGCCUUCGACGCCUUUUUUGCCCACUACCCCUACUGCUACGGCUACUGGAAAAAAUACGCUGACAUGGAACGUCGCUUCGACUGCAGCCGGGAAACCGAGGAGGUUUUUGAGCGGGGGCUGCAGUCCAUCCCCCUCAGCAUGGAUCUAUGGAUUCAUUACAUCUCCUACCUCCAAUCCACCCUGGACAUGAAUCUUCCCGAAUCCAUCCAAAAAAUCCGCGGCGUUUUUGAAGCGGCAGUAGCGGCAGCUGGGAUGGAUUUCCGUUCGGAUAAAUUAUGGGAACUCUACGUGGAAUGGGAAAAGGAACAGGGGGAUUUACGAGCCGUCACCGGUAUCUACGACCGCGUCCUCUCCAUGCCCACGCAACUCUACAACCAUCACUGGGAGAAAUUUAAGGAACACGUUCUUCACAACCCCCCGAAAGAUAUUUUAUCCCCAGAGGAGCUUCUCUGGGUCCAGUCCAAACUGGCCACCGAUCCCGUGCCGAAACCGCCGGAGCCGGAAGGAACGGAAGCGCCGCCGGGAGAGGAUCUACCCCCCGGCGUGGAGGGGAAAGCGGCGGCAGCAGAAACCCAGGGCGAUUUAGACCAGGAAAAAAUCCGGGAACUGGUAAUUUCCAUGCGGCAACAAAUCUACGCGCAAAACGAGGCGGAAGUCAGCAAACGCUGGAAUUUUGAGGAUGGGAUCAAACGUCCGUAUUUCCACGUGAAGCCGCUGGAGCGGGCGCAGUUACGGAAUUGGCGGGAUUAUUUGGAUUACGAAAUGGCGGCCGGCUCGCACGAGCGCACCAUCGUCCUCUUCGAACGUUGUGUCAUCGCCUGCGCCCUCUACGAGGAGUUUUGGAUCAAGUACACCAAAUAUUUGGAAAACCACACGGUGACGGGGGCCAGGAGCGUUUUUCAGCGGGCGUGCGGUUACCACCUGCCCAGGAAACCCAACAUCCACCUGCUCUGGGCGGCUUUUGAGGAGAAACAAGGAAACCUGGACGAAGCCCGCCGCAUCCUCCGCUGUUUCGAGGAGACGGUGCCGGGUUUGGCCAUGGUCCGGCUGCGCCGCGUCAGCCUGGAGCGGCGGCAGGGAAACCUGGAGGAAGCGGAAGCGUUGCUGCUGGAAGCCAUGCGCGCUAACGAGGGGCUGCCCCUCGCUUCCUUCUACGCCGUCAAAUUAGCGCGGCAAGCCUGCAAAGUCCAGAAAAACCUCGGCAAAGCUCGCAAGGUCUUGGUGGAAGCUUUGGAAAAGGAGCCGGACAACACCCGGCUCCACGCCAACCUCCUGGAGAUGGAAUUCGGGGCCGACGUCCGCCAAAACGAAGGGAACACCAUGAGCUGCUUCGAGCGGGCGCUGCGCAGCCCCCUCCCCGACGAAGCCAAACUCGUCUUCUCCCAGCGCCGCGUCGAGUUCCUCGAGGAUUUCGGCUCCAAUAUACACAGCCUGCUGACGGCGUACGACGAGCACCAGAAGAUCCUCAAGCAACACGCGGCGCGCAAGAGAGCCCCCGAGAACGGCGCGGACGAACCCGACGACAAACGCCUCCGCCCCGACGACUCCUCGGGCCUCUUGGGUCCCCUCAGCUUUUCCACCUCGGGGGGGGACGUGGGCUCCACCCCCUACAACUACUGGUACCAGCACGGCUACGGUGCCUACAGCUACCAGUCGCCGUGGAACUACAACCAGUACUACUCGCAGAGCUGAGACGGGGUCCCCCCCGAACCCCAACUUCCCCCCCACUCCCUUUUUUUUUAAAAACCAGAAAACCCCAUUUCUGUACAUUUGGGGGGGGGGGGAACACCCCCCCCCCCCCCUUUCACAACUGGGGCGAUGUAAAUAAAGAGGCAGCACGUUAAAUAAA